CGCCCCCGCCUCCUCCUUUGCCUCGACAAUCAGGGGAAUAAAUCAGGGAGGAAACCGAGAGGGAGAGCGAGAGCGCGCGAGCGCCAGCAAGCUUGCCGAGGACUGUUUCCAAAGUCGCCCUUGAUGGCGGCGGAGGAGAGGGAGGCGAGGCAGCCGCGGCGCUGAGCAGCCGAGACACGCUAGUGGGUCCUCCCGCCACCGCCCCUUCCCCGGCACCCGGCUUCGUGCUAGCGGUCCCCCGCGCCACUCCACGCCGCGGGCCCCGUGUGCGCCGGCCCUCCAGACGUCGGCGGUCUGCGAGAGCGUGCUCCUUUUCCGCCGCCCGCGGUUUCCAGCACCGCUCCUUCCCCCAGCUGGGGAGGGAGGGGGGAUUGAUCUUCGAUCGCGAAGAUGGCUGCUGGCUGCCUGCUGGCCUUGACUCUGACACUUUUCCAAUCUUUGCUGAUCGGUCCCUCGUCCGAGGAGCCGUUCCCUUCGGCCGUCACUAUCAAGUCAUGGGUUGAUAAGAUGCAGGAAGACCUUGUCACACUGGCAAAAACAGCAAGUGGAGUCAAUCAGCUUGUUGAUAUUUAUGAGAAAUACCAGGAUUUGUAUACUGUGGAACCAAAUAAUGCACGCCAGCUGGUGGAAAUUGCAGCCAGGGAUAUUGAGAAACUUCUAAGCAACAGAUCUAAAGCCCUGGUGCGCCUGGCUUUGGAAGCAGAGAAAGUUCAAGCAGCCCAUCAGUGGAGGGAAGAUUUUGCAAGCAAUGAAGUUGUCUACUACAAUGCCAAGGAUGAUCUUGAUCCUGAAAAAAAUGAUAGUGAGCCAGGCAGCCAGAGGAUUAAGCCUGUUUUUAUCGAUGAUGCUAAUUUUGGACGACAAAUAUCCUAUCAGCAUGCAGCAGUCCAUAUUCCCACUGACAUCUAUGAGGGCUCAACAAUCGUGUUAAAUGAACUCAACUGGACAAGUGCCUUAGAUGAAGUUUUCAAAAAAAAUCGGGAGGAAGACCCUUCAUUGCUGUGGCAGGUGUUUGGCAGUGCUACAGGCCUGGCCCGAUAUUAUCCAGCUUCCCCUUGGGUUGAUAAUAGUAGAACUCCAAACAAGAUUGAUCUUUACGAUGUACGCCGAAGACCAUGGUAUAUCCAAGGAGCUGCAUCUCCUAAGGACAUGCUUAUUCUGGUUGACGUGAGUGGAAGUGUCAGUGGAUUGACUCUUAAACUAAUCCGAACGUCUGUCUCCGAAAUGUUGGAAACUCUCUCAGAUGAUGAUUUUGUGAAUGUAGCUUCAUUCAACAGCAAUGCUCAGGAUGUAAGCUGUUUCCAGCACCUUGUUCAAGCAAAUGUAAGAAAUAAGAAAGUGUUGAAAGAUGCAGUGAAUAACAUCACAGCAAAAGGAAUAACCGAUUAUAAGAAAGGCUUUAGUUUUGCUUUUGAACAACUGCUUAAUGUAAGUAGCAAUACUGUGCCUUUUUUUCCUGUGAUUGAAUUGUUAUAUCUGAAUCUCAUUAUCUUGAGAUCUACUGUCUUUAAGGUACGAGUGUUCACAUUUUCAGUUGGUCAACAUAAUUAUGACAGAGGACCAAUUCAGUGGAUGGCUUGUGAAAAUAAAGGUUAUUAUUAUGAAAUUCCUUCAAUUGGAGCAAUAAGAAUUAAUACUCAGGAAUAUCUGGAUGUUCUGGGGAGACCUAUGGUUUUAGCAGGAGACAAAGCGAAGCAAGUCCAAUGGACAAAUGUUUACUUGGAUGCACUGGAACUGGGACUUGUCAUUACUGGAACUCUUCCGGUCUUCAACAUAACUGGCCAAUUUGAAAAUAAGACAAACUUAAAGAACCAACUGAUUCUUGGUGUGAUGGGCGUUGAUGUGUCUUUGGAAGAUAUUAAAAGACUAACACCACGUUUCACACUCUGCCCCAAUGGCUAUUAUUUUGCAAUUGAUCCUAAUGGUUAUGUUUUGUUACAUCCAAAUCUUCAGCCAAAGCCUAUUGGUGUAGGCAUACCAACAGUUAAUUUAAGAAAAAGGAGACCCAAUGUUCAGAACCCCAAAUCUCAGGAGCCAGUCACAUUGGAUUUCCUUGAUGCAGAGUUAGAGAAUGAUAUUAAAGUAGAGAUUCGAAAUAAAAUGAUAGAUGGAGAAAGUGGAGAAAAAACCUUCAGAACUCUGGUUAAAUCUCAAGAUGAGAGAUAUAUUGAUAAAGGAAACAGGACAUACACAUGGACACCUGUCAAUGGCACAGAUUACAGUUUGGCCUUGGUAUUACCAACCUACAGUUUUUACUAUAUAAAAGCCAAAAUAGAAGAGACAAUAACUCAGGCCAGAUCAAAAAAGGGCAAAAUGAAGGAUUCCGAAACCCUGAAGCCAGAUAACUUUGAAGAAUCUGGCUAUACAUUCAUAGCACCAAGAGAUUAUUGCAUUGACCUUAAACCAUCUGAUAACAACACUGAAUUUCUUUUAAAUUUCAAUGAGUUUAUUGAUCGAAAAACUCCAAACAACCCAUCAUGUAAUACAGAUUUGAUUAAUAGAGUCUUACUGGAUGCAGGCUUUACAAAUGAACUUGUCCAAAAUUACUGGAGCAAGCAGAAAAAUAUCAAGGGAGUGAAAGCUCGGUUUGUUGUGACUGAUGGUGGGAUUACCAGAGUUUAUCCCAAAGAGGCUGGAGAAAAUUGGCAAGAAAAUCCUGAGACAUAUGAGGACAGCUUCUACAAAAGGAGCCUUGAUAAUGAUAACUAUGUUUUCACUGCUCCCUACUUUAACAAAAGUGGACCAGGUGCAUAUGAAUCAGGCAUUAUGGUAAGCAAAGCUGUGGAAAUCUCUAUCCAAGGAAAACUUCUUAAACCUGCGGUUGUUGGAAUCAAAAUUGAUGUAAAUUCUUGGAUAGAGAAUUUCACCAAAACCUCAAUCAGGGAUCCGUGUGCUGGUCCAGUUUGUGACUGCAAAAGAAACAGUGAUGUAAUGGAUUGUGUGAUUCUAGAUGAUGGUGGGUUUCUUUUGAUGGCAAAUCAUGAUGAAUAUACUAAUCAGAUUGGACGAUUUUUUGGAGAGAUUGAUCCAAGUUUGAUGAGACACCUGGUUAAUAUAUCAGUUUAUGCUUUUAACAAAUCUUACGAUUAUCAGUCAGUAUGUGAGCCUGGUGCUGCACCAAAGCAGGGAGCAGGACAUCGCUCCGCAUAUGUGCCAUCAAUAGCAGACAUAUUACAAAUUGGCUGGUGGGCCACUGCUGCUGCCUGGUCUAUUCUCCAGCAGUUUCUCUUGAGUUUGACUUUCCCACGGCUCCUGGAGGCAGUUGAGAUGGAGGAUGACGACUUUACUGCCUCCCUAUCAAAGCAGAGCUGCAUAACAGAACAAACCCAGUAUUUCUUUGAUAACGACAGUAAAUCAUUCAGUGGUGUAUUGGAUUGUGGAAACUGUUCCAGAAUCUUUCACGUAGAAAAGCUUAUGAACACCAACUUAAUAUUCAUAAUGGUGGAGAGCAAAGGCACAUGUCCUUGUGACACACGGCUGCUUAUACAAGCUGAGCAGACUUCGGAUGGUCCAGACCCCUGUGAUAUGGUUAAACGACCCAGAUACCGGAAAGGGCCUGAGGUCUGCUUCGAUGACAAUGUCCUGGAGGACUAUACCGACUGUGGAGGAGUUUCUGGAUUAAAUCCCUCCUUGUGGUCUAUCUUUGGACUCCAGUUCCUACUACUUUGGCUGGUAUCUGGCAGCAGACACUACCUAUUGUGACCUAAAACCAAAAUCGUCAUAAGUCCAGUCCAGACCCUGCCAACACAUGAGCCCUCAAUUACAUUAAAAUAGGGUCAACUGUCCAAUCAGCAGAACAUUAGCUGGGCCUGUACCAUGCGUAACUCUAAGGCACAGAUUCAUAAGAUAUCCACUGGCUGCAUGUCAGGGUGUCAGACCCUUAAAUUUGUGUGAAUGCUGCAUCAUCUAUGUAUAACAUCAAAGCAAAAUUCUAUAUGUGCUCUAUUGGACAAUUUGGGAGUCUGUUGUUGCUUUGUUGGUGAUUACAUGUAAAAGGGCUCCCCAUGCAAUUGUUUAUGAAUCAUAAGAAAUGUCUUGAUUUUGACCUGGAAUUUCAACUUGCUGCAAUUUUACCAAGAAAGUCACUAGGGGUGGCAGGGAGUUAUGUUUGCUUCACUUAUUCUUCUGUUCAGAAUUCCUGCUUUGAGUAGUUAGUGAGGGAGGACAGGAAAGAAAGUAGUAACAUUGAUCUAAACUGUUGAAAUAUUUUAAAAAAUGACUAAUUUUCUGCCAAAAAUUAGCCAUGAAUAAAAUGCCUUAUGAAGAAUGACUUCUCUGCCAAAAAUAAAACACAAUUGAAGACCAAUUAAAUUUUGGUGAGGUAAUGAAUUGAUGGUUUGACAAUGUUAACUGAGAAACUAUUAAACUAAAGGUGCUUGUGGGUGAAAUUUGAACAUGUGACUUAUUUCCUCAUAAAUGUAAGCCCUUAAAUGCUUUGACGUAAUGUCCUUUUGUUCACAGUACAGUUAUGUAGUGCUAGCCAGAUAUUUAAAAAUGCUCUAAGAAAAGCUUGUUGGGGGGAGGGGAAUGUUUUUCUUGUGACAAAUGAACUUGGGUCACCAAGGGUAUUUUGCAUGAUGCUGCUGCUAUUUUAACUUUUUGGUUUUUCUCUUACUGUAGAGUGUAGUCCAUUGAAAAGUUAACUGAGUGACAUUAUUGUCAUGUAAGAAUCUGAACCUUGCGGUGUAAAUGCACUUAAGUCAUCUUUAAAAACGUUGUUAAACUACUCUGAAUAUACUGUGCAAUGUAAAUGCUGAAUGACUGGGUCAGGUAAACGGUGAAAUGAGAAAUAAUGGAUUUUAUACAGAUUCGUGCUUUUGCCUGAAAACCUAUGUACAGAUAUUUUAAGUACAUAAAUCAGAUUUAACACAUUUAUUUUUGAAAAGUACAUAUAUGUUCUCAAUGAAGAUUCAUCCUAGGUUUCCUCUUUGUUCAUUUCAAUAGUAGCAUGUACAAUCUGAAAAUUGCUGCUGCUGCUGAUUCUGUCCCUCCAUUUUAAAUGAUAUGAUCAUUUAACUAACAGUUCCAUGGAAUUUGGUGAGGGUUUUACAAAUAAUCUGAACAAACAGGAAACCUUGAAUCUAUAUGUAUGCACAUGAACACUUGAUUGUGAAUAAAAUUUGUUUUUAUACAGCCUCAUUGGUGAAAAUGGUUAGUGUAGUAAAUUGGAUAUUUCAUUGUAGAUUAAUAUUGUAGCAAAAUAUUAUUUAUGCUUUUAAAUUAUUUUCAGGAAUAAACAGUAUUUGAAGAAAGGAUAAAAACAAUGAAUGUGUAAUUCUAGGAAUAGUGAAUAAUUUUAUGGAAGGCUGAAAGUAUAAAGAUAUUUUUUAUGGUAAAAUGCAUUUGUUUUCCAAACAUGCCAAAUACUGGUGUGUGUAUAUGCUGGAAAUUUUCUUAUAUAUCAUUUUAAUGUCAAAGUUAUUUACAUUAUCCAGCAUGUUUUAAUAUGUUCCACAUAUCAAAGAUAUAACCAAUUCUUUAGAAAUGUUUAAAAGAUAUAUUUGUUUUUAGCUUUGCAUACAUUUGUAAUUCCCUUCUACCACUAAUAUAUCUUAAGUACCACUUGUGUAUAUUUCCUUAUUUAAGUUUUUUUUAAUUUAAAAUAGGGGGAGGGGGAAUGGAAUCACUUUGCCAACUAUUGUUCUAAGAAUUGACAUCAGUUACCAUUUCUAACACAUUGUCGUGAUUUUGUAGUCCAUUCAUAACUGGUAUUGACAUUUUAGAAAACACCAAAGUGAUUUAAAGAUUAAUAAUGAUAUGUUUAAAUCAUGUUGUUUGUUAAUGAAAUAUUUAAAACUUAUUAACUUUUGCUAGACCAUUUUAAAUCAUGAAAGUGUUGGAAAGGGAAUAUCAAAAUAUAAUGUUGUUAGAUUGUGUAUAUAAAUAACGCACAUUAAAACAAUUUAAUUGCUUCCAGCAUACAUACAACAAAACUACCUUAAAAUUAUUUUCAAAGUCUGUUAAAUAUAUCUUCAUAGCUAAUGUCAUUUAUAUAGUAUGUUUUCAUCAACUGCAUUAUUUUGUAUUAAUCAUAGUUAAACUUGGCAUCUAGUGGCAGGGCCCUAUUUGAUUAUAAAACUAUGAUGUGACAACCACACACAUGGUAACAAAUUGGGUAAGAACAUGUUCUCUGAUUAAAGAUUGUCUUAAUGACAUAUUAGUCUUCAUGCUUUUAGCAUGUUUUUGUUGUUGUUGUUGUUGUUUGUUGUUCAAAGACAGUAACACUCAUCCCAUUAAAUUAUUAUGCUAAAUUUUUUUAUUUUUCUGUGAAUUAUGUCAAUAAGAACUUUAAUUUUAGUCUGGUAUUAGUAUUGACUUCCAAAGACUGAAAAGUACAAGAGAUAAAUAAAAGGCUUUUUAAACUUUUUUUUUUAACUUAUUUAAUUUUUACUAUACUCACGUAGUUUAAUGCAGUUUGUCACUAAAAGUCAGAAGAAGUCUUGCAUUGGUGUUGCAUAACAAGAAUUUUGCAUUUCUGGUUUCUUUAUCUUUUCUUCAUUUGAACAACCAGCAUUACUGCCAAACACCAAUCGUGGUCCAUAUUUGUAACAGGUUUUUAACAUGACAUAGUUAGCAAGUUUGAUUGAAAAGAUAUUUAGGUUCUGGGCCUAUAAGAUUUUAGUAUGAUCUUUUUUCAUGUUUCUAAUGUGUGAGGCAUUCUUGCUUAACUUCGAGAAAAAUAAAACAAAACAGUGUUGCUGCCAUUUGUAAGUUUUCCUAUUUGUAAGAUUCUUUUAUUAACCUUCAAACUGGCCUUAUGGGGUUCAAAUAGGCAGUAUCCCUUUUAAGUGACCUUUGCAACCCAAGUGUUACUUGCUUAUUUGAUGCUCUCUUGUAUUUUACAUCUCAUUUAAAUCUUUGUCUUAUCUUCACCAAAGCUAAAAUUCUGUGUCUUGAUUUAAAACUCUUAAGCUAUCCUAUUGAUCAUAUUAAUUGACAUUAAAAUCUCUAAAGGUAUAGCAUCUAACCUAGGGAGACAAAAUGGAUUUUGUGACUUUUUCACAUGCCCAAAUUCUAACUGUUUUAUUAUUAUUUGGAAAUUCUAUUGUUUUUCAUAGUUAACAUUUCCAAUGUUAAUAUUGUUAAUAUCCAUUGUACAUUUCUGUAAAGAGCAAAUCCAAAGUAUCAAGUAUUAAAAAAUUCCAGAAGUUUGAAGAAUUACACUGUCCUUACCAAUGGUUACAUCUAUAGUUUAAGUUCACAUAAAAUAAAUUAUCUCAAAUUCUACCGAGACUAAUGGGAUACUGUUUUGUAUAGAUGCUAAUCGAGUUUACAGUAUGACCAGGCAAAAUUAUCUUUCUUGUUGUGUUGUAUGAUUGUUGGAUCAUGCUUUUAGGGAAACUUUUAAUGAAAUGCCCAGUGUGCAUCCAUGCAAAAGACCAAGUGGCUUUUGUGAACAAUAGCUCUUUUCUCCCCUUUCUUAUGUUCUCUUGACACUUUUGUGGAAAUUAACUAGCCUGAUAAAAACAUUUUGUAAAAAUUUGUAUAAUACUGUUAUAAAAAUAUUUAUAAUCCCAGAAAAUGUUGUGUUAAAUCUUGUGCAAAAACAGUAUAUUCAGAAUAAAAGUUUAUCAUUUAAAGUCA